GAAAUUUAAAAAAAAAAAAAAAAAAAAAGGAAAAGUCGAGAGGGGCAAAUAGGUAAAUUUGCCCCUCCAACCACCUAAGGGGUCCAAACGAAAUCCCAUCCAUAGUCCUGCAAAAGAGAGAUAGUGAGAGAAAGGGGUAGAGAGAACCUAGAGAGAGGAGAAAGGAUGAACCGUCGGAAGACUCACCGAAAACUACCGUCGGAGUCUAUUUCGGUGAAGAUCAUGAUGCAAGGAGGUGAAGAUCAUGCAGAGAGACUUUCUUGGAAGGGAAAAGAGAAUGUGGGUGGCCGGAGUCCCAUUUUUCAUCAAGAAGUUAGAAAACCCGCAAGGAACAACUCUACGCAUGAUCUGUGAAGAAGUUUGGCCGAGACCUCAACCCGAAGGCAGAGAUCCGAGAGUCAUUCGAGAACGGUGUUCGCUGGUUGCUGGUCGAGGUAGAGGAGCGUUUGAGAGCUGUACAGUCACAGAAGGGGUCGUUCCGGAGCAUCAGUCCCUUUUCGGUCUUUUAGAGUCUUUCUCACGAUUCGGUUUUUCGAAUCCUCGAAAAUCGGGUCUUGACAGUUUCGAAGAAAGGACGGAUAACAAUAAUGAAAAAUGA